AUGAUGUGCAAUCACAGUAACCCCAUCACCUUCUUCUUGGUUUGCCUUGCCUUCCUCUUGAGGUUCAGGUCCUCGGCCAGUGCUUUCACCUCCCACUCCCAAUGUCUUCACCUUCUCGAGCUCAAGAAAGGCUUCCUCUUCUCUAAUGCAACCACCACCUCGCUCUCUUCUUGGCUUCCCGCCACCGACUGCUGCGCUUGGGAGGGGAUCACCUGCGAACAAGUUUCCGGUCUGGUCGUCUCUCUUGAUCUCAGCGACCGAGGCAUCUCCGGUAAGAUCAUGCCAUCCCUCUUCAAUAUCACCUCCAUUCAAAGUCUCAAUCUUGGCUACAACUCGUUCGACGAAAGUCCUCUACUUGAAAUUGGAAACCUUGCCAAUCUCACUCAUCUCAACCUCUCUAAUUCCGGAGUUUUUGGUCAAGUCCCGUUGGGCAUCUCUCACCUUAAAAAGUUGGUAUCUUUGGACCUCUCUUGGUCACCUCCAUUGCAGCUCCGGAAGCUCGUUGGAGGCCUUUCAAACUUGAAGGAACUCUAUUUAAAUGGUGUCAAUGUCUCUGCAAAUGGGACUGAAUGGUGUGGUGUCAUAUCUGAAUCUACUCCAAAGCUUGAAGUUCUCAGCUUGGUGGGCUGUUCACUCUCAGGACCAAUUGACAGUUCGCUGUCGAAGCUUCGGUAUCUCUCUCGUCUUCGUCUUGAUAACAAUGAUUUGUCAACCGAGGUGCCCGUAUUUUUUGAAGAUUUCUCAUCUUUGGUUGCUCUUAGUCUCUUUAACUGUAAUCUCCAAGGCUUGUUUCCCAAACGUGUGUUUCAACUGAAGAACUUGAAGUAUAUUGACAUAUCACGCAAUGAUAUGCUUUCAGGCUCUUUGCCGGAAUUCCCAAAAGAUAGCACUUUGGAGAGCUUGCUGGUUUCCUCGACGAAUUUCUCUGGGUUUUUACCGGAUUCUUUGGGAAAUUUGAAGACUUUGAUGGGGUUGGAUCUUAGUGCUUGUCAUUUUUCAGGUUCAAUACCUUUGUCAUUUAGGAAUCUGAGCAAAUUGGUUUAUCUGAACCUCUCGCAUAACAAUUUCAGUGGGAAGAUACCAUUGAUUUUGGGAGGAGAUUGGAUUUCUGAAAUUUUGCUGUCAAAUAAUAAUUUGACAGGAUCCAUCCCUCAGUCUUUUGGGCAGCUCAAUCGUCUUGUUACUCUUGAUUUACAGAAGAACUCUCUCUCUGGACCAAUCCCCAUGUCUUUGUUCACUCUUCCAGCAUUGCAAGUGUUGCAGCUAAAUGAGAACAAGUUUUUCGGUCAGUUGGAAGAGUUCUUGAAUGCUUCUUCCGUGUUAGAAGUUGUUGAUUUGGGCAUGAAUAAUCUGCAAGCAGAGGUACCAAGAUCAAUGUUUGAUCUAUCGGGUCUCAUGUCUCUUACAUUGUCCUCAAACAACUUCAGUGGCACAAUUGAGCUAGAUUUGUUUCGCAACCUCCAGAAUCUUGAAUACUUGGAUCUCUCAAAUAACAAGUUGACGGUGUUAGAUGGAGCUGAUGAUUCUUCUCUUCUCCCUUCCCUUGCAGUGUUGAGGAUGGAGUCUUGCAAUCUAAUGACUAUUCCAGCUUUCUUGAAGCAUAAAAACAACACGGAAUGCGUAGACCUUUCAAAUAACAGAAUUGGCGGUACCAUACCUGACUGGAUAUGGAGCAUUGGGGACAUUAGCAUGAGCUAUUGCUACUUGAAUUUAUCUCACAACUUUUUCACAGGUAUUGAGGGCCCUCCUUCUCAUAUCAAAAUGAGCAUUGGUUUUAUUCUGGAUCUCCGCUCUAACUUGCUUGAAGGACCAAUUCCCCUCCCUCCACCGAAUAGUUUCAUUGUGGACUACUCAAACAACCAUUUCACUUCUUCCAUCCCUUCCAACAUGUCAUACUACCUAACCAGUGCCGUAUUUCUUUCAUUGUCUGACAAUAAUCUCACAGGAGAAAUUCCCGUGUCAAUUUGCAAUGCAACAAAUCUCAGAGUCCUUGAUGUUUCCUUCAACAGCUUGAAUGGAUCAUUGCCAGGUUGCCUCAUGGAGAGCCUUUCUGAACUUUUAGUUCUUAGAGCUCGAGGUAACAGAUUUCAAGGGGCCAUUCCUCAACAAAUCAGUUCAAGGUGUGCUCUGCAAAAGAUCAAUCUCCAUGGAAACAAAUUGGAAGGAAGAGUACCACGAUCGUUGGCCAACUGCAACAAGCUAGAGUUUCUAGACUUUGGCAGCAAUAAACUAGUCGAUUCUUUCCCAUAUUGGUUGGGCAACCUUCCUGCUCUAAAAGUUCUUGUUCUGAGGGAAAAUGGAUUCUAUGGACCCUUUGGAAACACUGAUGGAAAUUGUGAAGGUAAUUACACCUUCUCAAUGGUGCACAUCUUAGACAUUUCUUCUAACAAUUUCACUGGUACUCUUCCUUCUGAUUGCUUCAAGAAUAUGAAAGCAAUGAUGAGUGAUCAGGAGAUGCUUGAUACAAGUGGCGGGUUGGUGACUAAUUUUUCAUUUUUUGUUGGAUUAUCAGGGGACAUCAUUAAUUUAUUUGAUUCAUCAGAUUAUUGGGAUUUGGUUACAGUGGCUUUGAAAGGUGUUAAGAGGAACCUAGUAAAUACUAUAACGAUCUUCGUAGCUAUUGACAUGUCGAAUAAUCAAUUUGAAGGGCAUCUGCCUGAAGCUAUCGGGGACCUCACAGCACUCAUUUCGCUAAACAUGUCAGGUAAUGCUUUCAAUGACCAAAUUCCACAAGUGUUUGAAAAUUUGAUGGAGCUGCAGUCAUUGGACCUUUCGCAAAACCACCUCUCUGGACAGAUUCCUAACUCACUGGCCUCCCUGACAUUUCUAUCCUUUUUGAAUCUUUCGAAUAAUAACUUAGUUGGAAGAAUACCAUAUGGGAACCAAUUCUCCACAUUCUCAAGGUAUUCAUUUGAAGGGAAUCCUGGUCUGUGUGGGAAUCAAUUAUCAAGGCAGUGUGUUAGUUCUAGUGUAGAGCCUUCUUCAGAUUUCAGUGAUACAUCCACUGAGUUUGACAUGGAAGUGGUAUGGACCUGGUUGUUCACAGGAUUGGGCUUCGGACUAGGACUUGCGUUUGUUAUUGGCUUUCAGAUGCUUUUUCCCAGGUGGAAAAUAUGGUAA